AUGUAUCUCACCACCCCAUCAGCCCUCUUCGCCCUUCUCCUCACUUUCCAGCGCCGAAAUAACUCCCUCCCCACGGCGAUGAAGGUGCCGGGGUGA